UAACUACAACACCAAAAAUAUAAGAAAAUGGAUAACAAUAAUGAUUCACCAAAAUCACUAACCGGACCACACUUUCUGUUCGUGACAUUUCCAGCACAAGGCCACAUCAACCCAUCUCUCGAGCUCGCCAAGCGCCUCGCCGGAACAAUAGCCGGAGUUAGAGUCACCUUCGCUGCCCCUAUCUCCGCCUAUAACCACCGUAUGUUCUCCAAAGAAAACGUCCCUGAAAACCUAAUCUUCGCCACUUACUCUGAUGGCCACGAUGACGGCUUCAAGUCCUCCACUUCCUCGGACAAAGCUCGCCAAGACACUGCAGGACGUUACAUGUCUGAGAUGAAAAGACGCGGCAGAGAAACCUUAACCGAACUAAUCGAAGAUAACCGGCGUCAAAACCGGCCUUUUACCUGCGUGGUGUACACCAUCCUCCUCACUUGGGUCGCUGAGCUGGUGCGUGAGUUUCACAUCCCGUCUGCUCUUCUCUGGGUCCAGCCCGUAACUGUCUUCUCCAUCUUCUAUCACUACUUUAACGGCUACGCAGAUGCAAUCUCAGAGAUGGCUAAUAACGACCCUUCUGGUUCUAUUAAGUUACCCUCGUUGCCACAGUUCCGUCUCCGUGAUCUUCCCACGUUCAUCGUCCCUGCAAACACAUACUCGUUUCUCCUACCGGCGUUUCGAGAACAGAUAGAGGCGCUGAAGCAAGAGGAAAACCCUAAGAUCCUUGUCAAUAGUUUCCAAGAGCUUGAACAAGAAGCUUUUAGCUCGGUUCUUGAUAAUUUCAAGAUUCUGCCCAUCGGUCCACUGAUAACAUCUAGGACCGACUCCGAGAGAGGCGCUGAAUACAUACAGUGGUUGGAUACAAAAACGGAUUCAACCGUGUUGUAUAUUUCUUUUGGAACACUUGCCGUGUUGAGAAAGAAACAGAUUGUGGAGCUCUGCAAGGCGUUGAUACAUUGUCGGAGGCCGUUUUUGUGGGUGAUUACGGAUAAGUUGUACACAAGUAAAGAAGAUAGGGAAGAGAACGAAGAGGAGAGCACAAGAAGUUUCAGAGAAGAGCUGGAUGAGAUAGGAAUGGUGGUUUCUUGGUGCGAUCAGUUUAGGGUUUUGAAGCAUAGAUCGAUAGGUUGUUUUGUGACGCAUUGCGGGUGGAAUUCGUCGCUGGAGAGUUUGGUGGCGGGAGUUCCGGUGGUUGCGUUUCCACAGUGGACUGAUCAGAUGACGAAUGCAAAGCUUCUAGAAGAGUGUUGGAGGACAGGUGUGAGAGUGAUGGAAAAGAAAGAAGAUGCAGAGGUUGUGGUGGAGAGUGGGGAGAUACGGCGGUGCAUUGAGGAAGUGAUGGAGGAGAAGUCGGAGGAGUUUAGAGGAAACGCGGCGAGGUGGAGAGAUUUAGCGGCGGAGACUGUGAAGGAAGGAGGAUCUUCGUUUAAACAUCUCAAAGCUUUUGUCAGUGAGCACAUGUGAGAUUAGACGUUAUAGAAUUCAGUUCUGUAGUUUUCUUUUUUGUUAUGAACGUAGAAUCGUUUUAUUCAUUAUUAUGGUCGAAGGUUUAUGUUUUAUUGUGUUAUGUUCUUAGAUG